GUUGCUGGCGCAGAUGGGGCUCGCCCCCAUGCCCACGCAGGCGCCCACCGCAGGGUUUUGGACCUGCAGCUGCGGAUUCCGUAACAAGGCCACGAACCACCUCUGCGGCGGCAAUGGGCCCCUGGGGUGCAAAACCCCGAAGACCCCGGUCUCCGGGACGACCCCGGUAGCGGUGGCAGGUCGGCCGACUCCCAGGAUACCGGCCGCCUUUAGCCCGGCCGACUUCGACGUGGCCGCGCUCGGGGGCUUCGGCCCGCAGCGGACCAAGCAGAUGCCAGGCCACGCCACGCCCUACGGCAAAGGCCUGGGCAAGGGCGGAAUGAUGGGCUUCGGCAAGGGCCAGGGCGAAUGGAAGUGCAGAUGUGGAUUUGGCAACAAGGCCUCCAACCUGGUCUGCGGCGGUGCCAACGGCACGCUGGGCUGCAAGGCUGGGAAGGAGUGGAUCUGUGGUGCUUGCAACUUUGUAAACAAGAACGCCAACACCGUCUGCGGUGGGGAGCACGGCACAGUGGGCUGCAAGUCGCCCAACAUGGAGGCCCUGGCAACCACCGCGCUUGCGGCGUUCGACCUCAAGGCCUUCAUGCCGCAGAUGAUGGAACCACAGUGGGCCUGCCUCUGCGGCUUCAAAAACAAAGCCAGCAACAGCGUCUGUGGCGGAGGCGGUCCAUUGGGAUGCAAGCUGCCCAGGUCGGAUGGGCAAGGCGGCGGCCACUUUUUUUCUGGGCCGGAGUGGCAGUGCGAGUGCGGCUUCAAGAACCAGCCCUUGAACACCGUUUGCGGCGGCAAUGGGCCCUUGGGCUGUAAGAAGGCUAAGCCACUAGUGUGAGAGGCGGUGGGCAGUUGCCCGAGUGAUGCGCCUCGGAGCGCGGCAAGCACAAAGGGGUGACAAAAAAUCAGACGGGC